AUGGAGCCAGCUUUUUACAAAUUUCUAGAACUGUCAGGAAUAACCAUCACCGACACUACGAAUUUAACACCGCUACUAGCAGACUAUUGGAAUUUCACAGCCUACGCAGCCGAAUUCCCCUCUAACAUUUUUGAAUUAAAUUUCAUAAAAUGGCAACUAAACGGGAAAAUUAAUACGGCGAAUGAUGCUUCAACAAAGCAAGUAAACACAACAACCCAGUACCAAACUCCACCGCAAUCCCAAGUGAAUACUGUGACAUCUCAACCCCAAACUCCAUCGCAACAAAUCAAUUCCUACCCAUAUCAACCGUCACCACAACACCAAACUCCGCCGCAACCACAAGUGAAUACUGCGACAUCUCAACCCCAAACUUCACCGCAACAAAUCCAUCCCUACCCAUAUCAAACAUCACCACCGCAGAUUUUAACACCCUCGCCGAGUAAAAUUUUAACCGUCGACUUUCCACAGCUACCUGUUAAAUUAGCAAAGUUGAAAAAACAUGUUAACAUCGUUGAAGGUCAGUUUAGCGCAUUCACGCUUGAGACACCACAACCCGAUGAACAGAACGAAACCAUUAUUAUUGAAGAAGAGAAAUCAUCCCAACCCGAACCCGACGAAGCCAUAUUUCCAGCCCUUACUACAUAUCUUGAAGGUAUGAUAUCUAACAACGUGGAAAAGCAAAAUAUACCCCAAGUGGAGCCGCAGCAUAUACAGCAAGUAUACACUGCGCCUGUAAAAGUAAAUCGCGGUAAGGAUAUUGCUGCAGCAAGAAAAUCGUUUGAAGAGGAAAAAAAAGAGAAGAAAACACCAGCAAGAAAACGAAAGCGUGAAUGUGGUCGGCCCACAAACGAUCAGCAACUUAUUCGAAUGGACGAGGAAUUCAACGAUAUGAUGGCUUUGCAGUUGACACGAAAGCAACUUACGCUUCCCGAUACGCGUGGCAAGUGCAAGAAAAGUCGACGAAUUUUAACAAAACUAUCCGAAGAUAUCGUCGUAAAUACAAAUCGCGAAUAUCAAACAUACGAACUGUUCGCCGACGUACGUACGGAAGCGUUAAAAAUUAUCCAAGAAAAACGUGAACUUUUAGAAAAAAUCAACGCUGCCGAAUAUGUAUUAUAUACAUUAUCUAAAAAACAAAAUAGUAGUGACUCUAGUUCAUAA